GCGUGACAGAGGAGAGUGGGAGGUGGAGAACAUCAGUUGUGGCUGUUCCAUCAAUACUUCAAUACGUCGCUUGCUUGCUUGCUUGCUCAUCCCCCUCCCCUUCCUUCCUUCCUUCCUUGAACCUGCACGAACGCGGAAAAACAAAACCUUCCACAGCAACCAGGCAGCUUCACACGAAUGAAGCGUGUUUGGGGCAGCAUGGCGGUGCUUGGCGUGUUGCUGCUGGCGUUGCUGCUGGGCUCGGGUGGCAGAGUCGCCGUGGCACAAAGCAGCACCAGCAGCACCAGCAGCACCAGCACCACAACAGCCAGUGCAAGUGGAAGAUCAAGUGCUGGUGUUGUUUUCUCAUCAGCCACAACAAUCGAGCCGCCGCCAGCAACCACCACGGCAGCAGCAGGCAGUGCCAAUGGCACCAACACCACCGCCAACACUGCCUCAUACAAGAACCCAAGCAUAGUCUAUGCGGCGUGGUAUGCCGAGGUGGCCCUGCUAAUCUUGCUCCCGUGCAUCAUUGCAGUGCCAAGCCAAAUCCACCACACGUCCCUCAAGGUUGGCACCAUUGCAGCGCACCUCGCAAUGCACACCGUCCUCAUUGCUGUACUGCUUCGCCAGCACCACGACAGCACACAGAUCCCCUGCCAGGUGUGCGGGUUGGUGGUGUUGGGGUCCGUGGCGCUGCUCAUGUGCACGUGGGCAGCGCGCGCAAUGCUCAUUUACCAGCGCGUCAUCAUCACGCGACGCGAAAACGAUAUCUUCGCUGCUGUUGGUCGGUGGUGGUGCGGGACCCGUCUGGCACCCGCUGUUGUCGUUCCCGUUGCCCUCGCCAUCGCAGCCUGGUUCCUCUUCCCAAACAACUUCAAGGAGAGCGCGUGCAUCCCAGCAUGGCAGACGCCAACAACAUAUAUGCUUCUGACCACGACGGUUGUGGGCUGUGUUGUUGCUUCUGCACACUUACUCAUUGCCCGCGCUUCCCCGGACAUUUACUCUCCAGCUGACAACAUCGUUCAGCGCGCCACGUCCCAGUUUGUGCUGCACGUGCUGGUGUGCUGCCUGGUGCUGGCGUGGGUGCACAUCGUUCCCUCCAGCGACGCCCUUGUCAGCGUCUUCUCGGCAGCGCUCGUGCUCAUGGUGCUGGUGGAGUACUUGGAGUUUCUGCUGCUGCACACAUGGCGGCGACGCUGGCUGCUCGCUGGCUGCCAGGAAACCGACGACAAGGAUGAGCUGAUCGAGUUGUCGUUUCCCGGCGACCCGCACUACGGCGCCGAUGUGGACGAAAUCAGGAGGCACAGAGAUGCGUGCAACUUCGCCACAGAGGCGGCGCGACGCCAAAACUCGUACAUCCGUGAACUCCGCACCCAAAACAGCAACGCAAGUCUUGAGUGGGACAAUGACCUUGGCGGUGUGCGUCCUGGCUCGGGCUAUUUCGACAACAUCGACCAUCUUGGCGGCGUGAUUGCACAGCAGCCUCGCAGCAGGACUGAAAGUGACAGCAGCGGACAAUCGGGCCAGUUCGACUCGCUGGACGCGCUCUUGUUUCUCGACACGCCUGCACAUCAGCAGCAGCAGCAGCAGCGGGACAGUGGUGCCCGCCACCAGGCAACGACGCACCAACAACACCAACAACAAAUGUCGAGAGGGGGCAGCAACGGCACGCGCCCACCUCAAGCCCAAGAUGUCGUUUUGUUGCACGACGACAAUGACGACCAUCAACAUCAAGGCCGCGAUGUGUACGCUGAAACUGACGAUAUUGCUGAUGACGAUGAUGAUGAUGAUGGCGCGAAGCUGCACCGUGGCACAUCAUCUUCGCAGCAGGAGCACACGAUCCGGGUGAUCAGUUCUCGAAGACGACGGAAGCAAUCGAUGGCCGCCAAUUCUCGCGCGUACGCCUCCACACGCAGCACACGCGCACACCAGCAGCACGCCUCGAUGCAACGGGGUGCUGCUGCUCGCCGGUCUAGCAGGAAGACGACGCUUCGCUCCAGGUCUGCCUCGCGAUCACGCCACUUGAGGAGCACCGGAAUGGCAAACGCCGAUUUGGCGACACUUCGGUUUUGCCUGCAAGCAACGCAGGACGAUCACCGCAUCAGUCCUUCGUCUGCACCUGGUCACUGUUUCCAGCGUCCUACCAGCACUUCCCCCGUCAACAUGCGCCCACAUGCAAAUUCCAUUGCAACGCUGCGACGUGAGGAUCUCGACAACAUGCGGUGUGCGCUGGCAGCAUCAGAUCCGCGAAAAGUCACGCUUCGCCCGUACAUUUCGCUGCAGAGCAGCCUGCUCGCCCAGCAAUCCUCAGCGAGCGUGAAAUCAAACGCCAGCAACGAAGGGCCCGCAUACGAUCUCGUGUCGGAUGCGUCUGAGUCGCGAACGCCAACACCGCACACUGGCACAGGAACCUGCGGAACACACGACGGGGCGGCACAGCGCACGGAGCGGUGCAGGCAGCACAGUUGUGUUGAAGACGCGAGUCGUCGCGGCGACACCAGCGUUACCAGUGUUCACCAAGGACACACCGAAAUGGUGAUGGCCCAAGAUGAACCUCAAUCUACAGCCGACGGCCGAUUCGCGCAACCCAGCCAAGAACGAGAGCAGCAGCAGCGACACCAACAGCAGCGACAACGACAACAAGAGCACGAAACAGAGGCGUCAUCAGCUGGAAGCGCCGCAUCAGACGAAGAUCCAUACGUCACCAUCGACCCUCGGUUCGCGCCCAUUUGGCGAAACGUGCCCAUCCCAAACACGCGGCCAGAGGUGCAGCAAUCACCAGGAGAAGUACCAUUUACCACCGUGGCCAACAGCAGCAACACCAGCAGCAACAACAGCAACAACAGCACCGGCGGCGAUGAUGCAAAGGCUACCACACCCAAUGCAACAGACAUUAGUGUUCAAGCAGCAUCAACUCCAGCGAAAGGCCCCCUCACGCCAGCACAACUCGCCGACCUGCGGACCCGAAAGUACACGGGCAUCAGCCAAACAGCACUUGUUGCGCUGCGCAGGCGCACGCGCACCGCAAAUGCCACGAUGAACGUCGCCCUGCGUCAGAACAGCGCACGCGGGUUGCCUGCAGGCACGGCAUCAAAGGAUACUCCCGCUCAACCCGCACAUGGCAGCGAAGGCGAUGCGAGCGUGAUCAGUGUCAGCGACAGCAACCCAAACACAGACAGCAGCACCACGACCAGCAGUGCAGGCGCGAAAGACAAGGUGCAGCAGAAGGACCAGCAGCAGCAACACAGAAAGAAGAACAAGAAAACGAAGAAGAGGCGACAUGUGUGGUUGAGGCGGAAGCGACACCACAACCAGCCAGCACAGCGUCCCACGUCUCACCACGACGAUGACUCGUCUGAUGACGAGUGUGCAGCAAGGAAUGGUGCGGGUAACGCCAGCACGGGUAUUCGUGUGGAUGCACGACACGACGGAGCCGAUGUUCAUGACGAAGCGACUUGGCUGCCCUACCGACAGCAGCGCUGGUCCAUGUCAAACGCAUCCGUGCUUGGGAUGCCGGGGAGCGCGCGCAUAUCCCCGCAGCCGUCCGCAACCACUUGGCCUGCGCCCCCAGAGAUUUGGGGUGAUCACUUCCCGUCGGGUGUGAGGCACGAUGCUUACAGCAGCCCAGGAGGCAUGCAUGCACAUGUACUGGAUAGCACGCCAACCGCAAGUACUCCCCACGAAGUUGCCGUGUCACUGCCAGGGUAUGACGACGUGAGCCAUGAAGAAGGUAAAAUCAUCAAGUACGACUCCUCCUCGCGCGGGAGUGAGAAUUCGUCAGAAGCCGUGUUCCCACAGCUGCGUGGUGACAAUGGGCGCGAUGCUGCUACUGAUGGUGAUGAUGGUGAUGAUGGUGAUGAUGGUGAUGAUGACGAGGGGGAUGGCGAUAGCAACAGCGGUACGCACGCGACUCUUCCAUCGACGGACAGCGGGCACCCCAGUGACGCUGACACACGUGUAGCGGGCAACGACGUGGUGCCAUAUGUCAGCAUGAACGUUCAGCGAGGCCGUCCGUGCGCGCUGAGUCUUCGCAACAAGACAUCGACGGAGCAGACGCCAUUCAGGGAGGAUCAGCUUGAGAUCCAGGAAACCAUUGGCCAGGGCGCGUGCGGUGUUGUUUGCCGUGCCAUUCUCCGCUCUGACGAGCGAAGCCGGUGUGUUGCCGUCAAGCUGCUGCCAAACCCAAACGACACAGCAGGCCGUGCGUUGUUGGAUGCUGAGGAGAAGAUGCUCAGAGGGCUGGAUCAUACCAAUAUCGUUCGGCUGAUUGGCACUGUCAGCACAACACCCCCCAUGCUCGUGUUCGAGUACAUGCGACACGGCUCUCUCGACAAGGUGCUUCGGAAGCGCCCCCAUCGGCCGAUUGAAGUGAUGCAGUGGGCCGUCAACACUGUUGCUGCAGCAGAAUAUCUCCACCGAAACAGGAUCAUCCACCGCGAUCUCGCUUGCCGGAACAUCUUGCUGGAUGGCAACAUUGCAAAGGUGGGCGACUUUGGCUGCAGCAUUCGCCUUCCACCCAAUGAGGACGUUGUCACGGAGACAGAGGCAACCAUUCCAGUCAGGUGGACCUGCCCUCAAGCCCUCAACUAUGGCCUCUACAGCACCAAGAGCGACAUUUGGAGUCUUGGCAUUGUUCUCUUUGAGCUUGUGUCUGGCGGUACCGUGCCAUACAAGGGAUGGGGCAACAUCGUUGUCGUGACACACGUUGGACAGGGUCACCGUCUCCCGCCACCAAAGGGCUGCCCGCGCAAGAUGUACGAGAUCAUGAUGGACUGUUGGCACCCAAACCCUUCCGAACGGCCAACGGCAGCGGCGCUGAAGCUUCGACUCAUGGAACUCGCCUUUGACACAACUGCACUUCGUGACGUGUAUGAGACAGAGGACUCGCCAAUUCAGGACAAAUACAGGAGCAAUGAGGCAUUGGCGACGUCGUGGACACUGAAGGGGUGCCCAAGCCUCAUCGAUCCAGAGAAGAUGGCGGCAAUGCUGACAGAUGAUGGUGAUGAUGACGAUGACGAACGCUUUUCAAUCACGAGUGUUCACCAGCGAAACAGCAUCCAGACAUCACGUUCCCGCUGCAAGACGCACAGCGGCGCCAAGCCCACAUCACGAGGAAACACGCUGAAGUCGCGCGGGCUGCCGCCACCGCCAUCCCACGAAAACCAACCAACAUACACGCAAAUGGGAACACGACGAUCAACGGUUGCAUAUCCGCAACACGCUCACAAGACGAUGAGGAGAAAUGAGACGCUGGCCAUACCAGAGGAAGACGAGGAGGUAGAGGAGGAGAGGGAGUCGGCGAUGUAUUGAACCACAAACCAUGCGCUCUGGUCUGGGUCCGUGUGCACAUUUGUAUGGCGUGGUGGGUGCGCGCAUACACCCACGCAGACCACUGUUGAUUGUUGCUGAUAGAUCUCUUUUGAGUUAUGUUGAUUGUGUCCACUGUCACAGCGAGAUGGGCGCUGCUUGUUACACGUUGUGCAUACAUUGUUUCUUUGCGUGCGUUCAAUUUGUGUGUGUGUGUGUGUGUGUGUGUGUGUGUGUGUGUGUGUG